UACAAAUACUGUGCCAUUUGAAGGACUUGGGAAUUAGAUUUUUGAUAUCUACUGGGGUUCCUGGAACUAGUCCCCCACCAAAGGACAGCUGAGUUUCAUAAAGGCAAGUCUGCUGGUGUAGAAGGAAUCUGCUUGAUUCUGCCGCGUGGGUGUCUGGGCUUUUGCGUGGCUUCCUGCAGCAGUCGGGGUCCAUGAAGCAGGGUUCAGCCAGCACUGGAUUUUGCUGCUCAACUUGCUCCCGUGUCUCCCUGUCUGCAGCUGCCGCCAUGGCCCAGACCCUGCAGAUGGAGAUCCCAAACUUUGGCAACAGUAUCCUCGAGUGCCUCAACGAACAGCGGCUGCAAGGCCUGUACUGUGACGUGUCUGUGGUGGUCAAGGGCCACGCCUUCAAGGCCCACCGGGCUGUGUUGGCUGCCAGCAGCUCCUACUUCCGGGACCUGUUCAACAGCAGCCGGAGCGCCGUGGUGGAGCUGCCGGCAGCCGUGCAGCCCCAGUCCUUCCAGCAGAUCCUCACGUUCUGCUACACGGGUCGGCUGAGCAUGAACAUGGGUGACCAGUUCCUGCUCAUAUACACAGCUGGCUUCCUGCAGAUCCAGGAAAUCAUGGAGAAGGGCACCGAGUUCUUCCUCAAGGUGAGCUCCCCGAGCUGCGACUCCCAGGGCCUGCACGCCGAAGAGGCCCCAUCAUCUGAGCCCCAGAGCCCUGUGGCACAAACAUCAGGCUGGCCAGCCUGCAGCACACCACUGCCCCUCGUGUCUCGGGUCAAAACAGAGCAGCAAGAGUCGGACUCUGUGCAGUGCACACCUGUGGCAAAGAGGCUGUGGGACAGCAGCCAGAAGGAGGCUGGGGGCAGCAGCAGUGGCAACGGCAGUCGCAAGAUGGCCAAGUUCUCCACGCCGGACCUGGCCACAAACCGGACGCCCCAGCCGGCCCCGGUGGUGGCAGCAGCAGUGGCAGCGGGGGGUGUGAUGAGCGGGCCCAGUACAUCAGAGCGGACAAGCCCCGGCACCUCCAGCGCCUACACCAGUGACAGCCCUGGCUCCUACCACAACGAGGAGGACGAGGAGGAGGACGCGGGCGAGGAGGGCGCCGACGAGCAGUACCGGCAGAUCUGCAACAUGUACACCAUGUACAGCAUGAUGAACGUCGGCCAGACGGCCGAGAAGGUGGAGGCCCUCCCGGAACAGGUGGCCCCAGAGUCCCGAAGUCGUAUUCGGGUACGGCAAGACCUGGCAUCUCUCCCAGCUGAGCUCAUCAACCAGAUAGGCAACCGUUGCCACCCCAAGCUCUACGAUGAGGGUGACCCCUCAGAGAAGCUGGAGCUGGUAACAGGUACCAAUGUGUACAUCACAAGGGCACAGCUCAUGAACUGCCACGUCAGCGCAGGCACUCGGCACAAGGUCCUGCUACGACGGCUCCUGGCCUCCUUCUUUGACCGGAACACUCUGGCCAACAGCUGUGGUACCGGCAUCCGUUCCUCCACCAAUGAUCCCAGACGCAAACCACUGGACAGUCGUGUUCUCCACGCCGUCAAGUACUACUGCCAGAACUUUGCCCCCAACUUCAAGGAGAGUGAGAUGAACGCCAUUGCCGCUGACAUGUGCACCAACGCCCGCCGCGUGGUGCGCAAGAGCUGGAUGCCCAAGGCCAAGCCAAUGCUGGCAGAGGGUGACGCCUACACCACCUUCAUCAGUGACACAGGCAAGAUGGAGCCGGACAUGAUGAGCAUGGAACACGGCUUUGAGACAGCCAGCCACGACGGCGAGGCCGGCCCCUCUGCUGAGGUCCUCCAGUAACCCCACAGGACCCUCCCCAAGGGGCUGUCACACUCCCCCUUCCCGUCACACACCCGCCCACCAUCUUGGUCACGAGCUACUGUCUGUCCCUCCCCAGGACCCUUUGGGGGUGCUGCAUGCUCCCAGCCCCUCUGCCUCCCUGUCCCAUCCCCUUCCCCCAAUGCGAGCCAGGCUGGGGAGGAUGGGGCAGGUGGUGCCAGGGCCUGUUGCCUUCUUUAACACACUCAUGCAGUGGGGAGCACCUUGCUCCCCCUUCCUAACCCUUAGUAGUCAUUCCCUGCUCACCAGGCCUGGCACAGGGAAGGGGCCAGCCUGGGAGACCUGUGAAAGGUCCCUUUCCCAGGCUCUGGGCCACCUUGUCCCCUCACUGCAGCCCCUUGGGACUCAAGGGGGCCCUGGGGGCUCUCAGGACCCCUCCUACCACCUCCCAGUGCUUCCAAGUCUCCAAAAGCGCCUUCCUGUCUCCCUCGUCUGUCCCUGUACCUGGGGGCUAGGAUAGGCGAGGCUUAGAGGGACUGUCCACUUUACAGCUGAGGAAAUGGGGCCCAGAGAAGGCUCAGAAAUCCCAAGACUGAACUAAGGGCAGGGGCCAGUGGUGGCCCAGUGCCCCUCCCUCCCACCACCCUGCGCUCAGUCUCUGUUGCCCCUGCCAGUCCCCUGGGCCUGAGAGAGGCUGGUCCUAAGUGAGGGAGUUCUUGGGGGCAGAGGGAGGGUCUCAGAGGACAGGAUAGCUCUCCGGGGCUCGCAGAGCGUGUGGGUGUGCAUGUGUGUGUGUGUGUAGGUUUGCUUUCAAAAACUAGUGAAAACAUGAGAGGCGGUAAGACCAGGGUUUGAACCCAGGGGAGCAGGCUGGGGGGGCUACUGCCCACUCCCCCACCCCCCCACCC